AUGAGCACCAGCGCGGGUGAUGGCGGUGAGAGUGCCGCGAGGACCACCACCGCCUGCGGUGGCGGCGGAGGCGGCGGCGACUCGGACGCGUCGUGCUGGUACUCGCGCGUGGAGCGCCGGAAGUGCCGCGUGGUGCGCGACGAGGACGGCCGACCCGUGCGGGAGUGCGAGCGCACGCAGGAGGUGCUGCGCCAGUGCGUCGGCCGCCCGUCUGAAGUCGUGGAAUCCCAUUCGGAGGUCACUAGGGAGGAGCUCCCACCAGGCUCCGCGCUUUCUUCAUCCUCCUCCUCCUCUUUCUCCUCCUCGUCCUCCUCCUUCUCCUAUGGUGGUGGUGGCACCACAUCUACACACCCUUCUCCCGACACGCCCUCUCUCCCGUCUCCCUUCUCUCACUUCCCCUUCUCGCUUCCUCCCCCGUUCUCGUCCCGCCCGCCGCCCUCGCUCCCCCCAUCGGACCCCCAUUCGUCUUCCGCACACCAACCACCCUAUUCUCCUUGGUCCUCCUCCCAUCCCCACUCGCACCCCGGCGGCGGCCCAUCCCCCCACUCGCUGCCCACGGACCUUCCCUCUCUCCCGGACAUGAUUCGCGCAGCAGAGCAGCUAGCCUCGGAGGUUCUCACCAGGUUCGGCAUAAGCCCCCCAACCGGCUUCCCAGGCUCGGGAGACGGUGAGCAGGGGUCUGGGUCAGGAGCGGGUGGUUCGGGAGGGCCAUGGUCGGUGUUCCGGUUCGGAACGCGCGAGCCAUCAACGCAGAUAUGGGAGGAUGAGAGCAGCGUGCUGGAUGGCAGUGGCGUGGGCAGUGGCAACAGCGGCAAGCAUGGCACGGAGCAAAGGAAUGGGCAGGGCAUGGAGAUGGAGGGGGGUGGGGGGGAUGGCAGGUGGGGGAAGUUCGGGAGGUGGAGAAAAGGGGGGGAUGAGGAGGGGGGAUGGGGAUGGAGGGAGGGGCAUGGAAAGCAAAAGGCAAAGGAGGAGGAGUACCGUGAGUUUGCGAAGGACUUUGAAGAUGUGUAG